UCUGCCUUUAUCGGUAUGUAACAGCUACGGUAUCAGCAGCAAUAGCGACACCAUGUCCCAUAUCCUGCAGGCGGCGGCCGGAGUGAAAUGGACCAGAUCGCCAGCCGCGAGGAGAGCGGCUCUGCUGGUCAUCGCCGCUUACGGUGUGAGGAGACUGUAUCCGCUGCUCUGCCAUCACAUCUGCGGGAAAUCGCAGCCAGAAGCCUCCUCCCCGCGCACACGCAGCCCCAGACUCCCCAACACAUCUCCGGCCUUAGACGCUGAUUUUGUACACCAGCUGAUCGGACUCGGAAAAAUCCUCUUCCCGAAGCUGGUGACCAAGGAGCUGGGAUUGCUGUGCCUGCAUUCGGGCGCUCUGAUUUCCAGGACGUUUCUCUCCAUUUACGUCGCCGGUUUGGACGGGAAGAUCGUAAAAACCAUAGUUGAAAAGAAACCCCGGAGCUUUGUGUUGAAAUUAGUCAAAUGGAUUCUGGUGGCCAUCCCCGCCACGUUUGUCAACAGUAUGAUCCGGUACCUGGAAUGCAAACUGGCGCUGGCGUUCCGCACUCGGCUCGUGGAUUACGCUUAUCGAACCUAUUUCACCGAUCAGACUUACUACAAGGUUAGCAAUAUGGACGGGAGGCUCGCAAAUCCCGACCAGUCACUAACCGAAGAUAUCAUGAUGUUCGCUCAGUCAAUUGCACAUUUGUAUUCCAAUCUGACGAAGCCCAUCUUGGAUGUGGUGCUCACUUCGUACACUCUGAUCCAGACCGCCAAGUCGAGAGGAGCGAACCCUACCGGACCCACACUCCUGGCAGGACUUGUCGUGUAUGCCACUGCCAGGGUAUUGCGAGCGUUUUCCCCGAGGUUUGGCAAACUGGUUGCCGAAGAAGCCCAGAGGAAGGGAUACUUACGAUACGUCCAUUCACGUAUCAUAGCCAAUGCAGAAGAGAUUGCCUUUUACCGGGGACACAGGGUGGAAAUGAACCAGCUACAGAAAAGCUACAAAUCGCUUGCUGCCCAGAUGAAUCUAAUUUUGUCCAAAAGACUUUGGUACAUUAUGUUGGAGCAAUUUCUAAUGAAGUAUGUGUGGAGCGGCAGUGGAUUAGUCAUGGUAGCAGUACCUAUCAUCACUGCAACAGGAUUUGCAGAUGAUGAGUCAGAAGAUGGUCACAAACAAGUAAGCUUGGUCAGUGAACGAACUGAAGCUUUUACCACUGCACGCAAUCUCCUGGCUUCUGGAGCAGACGCUAUUGAAAGAAUUAUGUCUUCCUACAAAGAGGUCACUGAAUUGGCAGGCUACACGGCUCGAGUGCAUAACAUGUUUUUAGUUUUUGACGAAGUGCAGAGGGGAAUCUUCAAAAGGUCCGCAAUGAAUCAGGCGGUUGAGACAGACAGCAACAAAGUAACUAAACGUGGAUUACAUAUUGAAGGUCCUCUGGAACGAAAAGGACAAGUUAUUGAUGUUGAUCUGGGCAUUGUAUGUGAGAAUGUUCCAAUUAUUACUCCAAGUGGAGAUGUGGUUGUUUCUAGCUUAAACUUAAAGGUUGAGGAAGGCAUGCAUCUCCUUAUCACUGGACCCAAUGGCUGUGGAAAAAGUUCUUUAUUUAGGAUCCUGAGUGGUUUAUGGCCAGUCUAUGGUGGAGUUUUGUAUAAACCUCCACCUCAAUACAUGUUUUAUAUUCCACAGAGGCCCUAUAUGUCUGUCGGAACGCUAAGAGAUCAGGUUAUCUACCCAGACUCUGUGGAAGAUAUGUGUGAGAAGGGGUACACGGAUCUGGAUCUGGAACAUAUAUUAGACAUUGUUCAUCUGAAUCAUAUAGUACAGAGAGAGGGAGGAUGGGAUGCAGUAACUGACUGGAAGGAUGUCUUGUCUGGGGGUGAGAAACAAAGAAUGGGCAUGGCACGAAUGUUUUAUCACAAGCCUAUGUAUGCAUUGUUGGAUGAAUGCACAAGUGCUGUAAGCAUCGAUGUUGAGGGCAAGAUAUUUCAAACUGCAAAAGAUGCAGGAAUCUCACUACUUUCAAUUACUCACAGGCCAUCUCUAUGGAAAUACCACACACACCUUUUACAGUUUGAUGGGGAGGGUGGUUGGCGAUUUGAACAAUUGGAUACUGCCACUCGACUUUCCCUGGCUGAGGAAAAACAGAGACUCGAGUCUCAACUGGCUGGAGUUCCUCAAAUGCAACAGCGACUAAAUGAACUCUGUAAAAUUUUGGGAGAAGACUCUGUGCUCAAAACCACUGGAAAUGAAAAAUAAUCACAUUGAAGAUGUACACUGUAUGAAUAGUAUGGCAGGAGGAGCUGCAAAAUGAAAAGCAACAACAGAUGCAUGAAGCAAACUAUACCUAUGAAAGAACAGAACUUUCUACUUAUUGCUAA